CUGUCAAAAUGGCUGCGCCCAUGGGCAAGAAUGAAAUCACUUUAGGCUUCGUAGAAAAGGCAGAAAACUGGAGACUUUCGAGACGGUUUUUCCCAAGUAAAGUAGGUGGUAAACCUGCUUGGUUAUCAAUGAAAGAUAUUCCGAACAGUGACAAUCUAAAAUGUAGAAAUUGUGGCAUUGUUUGCAUAUUUCUAAUGCAAGUGUAUUGCCCCAUUUCUGAACUGGACACCUGUUUCCACAGGACAGUGUUUAUUUUCUGCUGUAGAGAUCCAGCUUGUCACACACACGCUAGCAACUCAGCUUUCCUUGUUUUCAGGAGUCAGCUUCCCAGGGCAAAUGAAUUUUAUGAUUAUGAACCACCAGACGAGGACAGCAGCCCUGGCAGCAGUCUUGGCGCAGCCGACGAGGGUUUACUCUGUGAAGUGUGCGGCUGUUUUGGGGGAAAGAAAUGUGCAAAGUGUCAUGUGAAAAGUUACUGCUGCCGAGAACACCAGCUUGUUGACUGGAAAGCUGGACAUAAUAAGGAGUGUGGUUCAUUAGCAACAGGUUUAGCAGCCACAGGAAAGGAAAAGAUUCUUUUUCCAGAAUUUGAGCUGGUCACAGAGUCUGAAGACUACAGUCACGAAGAUAAGGAUGACACUGGGACAGAGGAAUGCCAUGUUGCAGAAGACAGACAGGGACUCGGUGUGGAGGAACUGGAGAAGAUGGCACUGACAGAGAGCAAGGAAGACCGACAGUUUGCCAAGUUUAAGAAUCGUACAGACUAUGAGCCAGAUCAGGUCAUCAGGUAUCAGCGUGGAGGCCAACCACUCCUAAUAUCAACUGAAAACCAACCGCAGCAAAAAGACAUUCCACCCUGCACCAGCUGUGGUUCUGUAAGGCAGUUUGAAUUUCAGGUGAUGCCUCAACUACUGCUACACCUAGAUGUUGACAGUCUAGGGCAGAGCAUAGACUGGGGCACGCUCCUAAUCUACACCUGUGCCAAGAGUUGCAAGGGAGUGUCUGCCUACCUGCCAGAGUUCCUGUGGAAGCAAGAUGUUGCAGUAUCAGACGAGUAAUAGGGUCAGAUUUUGGCAGAUCUUAGA